UCUUCCACACUCCAGCAUCCACCAGAGGAGCAACUCAAAAGAGCUGACAAGAGUCACCAACAGAUCUGAAGAAAUCUCAUCAAUUGAACAACUUAAACCACUCAAACCCUCUGAAGAUGAAGACAUUCAGUGUUGCAGUUGCAGUGGCCGUCGUGCUCGCCAUCAUUUGCAUUCAGGAGAGUUCUGCCUUCACAUUCACUGGGGUACAAGAGCUGGAGGAGCUAAUGAGCAAUGACAAUCCAGUUGCUGAACAUGAAGAGACAGCAGUGGAUUCAUGGAUGAUGCCAUAUAACUUCAGACAGAAGCGUCAGAGCGGCCCUGCUGCAAAAAAGUGCCGUUUGUGCUGUAACUGUUGCCCAGGGAUGAGAGGCUGCGGUGUUUGCUGCAAAUUCUGAGAAUUAUCUGAUGAUGUUAGUGGAUUUGGUCAAGUUCAUGUAUGCUCAGUGAUCUGAUAUGUCAACACUACAGUGUAUCAUCACAAUAAAGUUAUAUUUUAUCAAUGUAUAA